AAAAAAAGAGAUCCUGAGGCUAAAGGAUAUAGAUUUAGAAAGAGAGAGCGAGAGCGAUAGAGAGCUCAGAACCCCAUCUGGUUUUUCUUCUCUAUAAUCAUAAGGGUGUUCUGUUUCUGGAUAUCAGUCUCUCUCUUUCUUAGAUCUACUCUCAUUGUAUGAGUACAUUAUAGGAAAAAGGAGAGAACUUUGUCAUUGGUAGUAUAGAGAUUAGUGUAGAAAAUGAAAAGUUGCAAAAUUCUUUGUUUUCUCCUUGUUUUGGUACUCGUCCAACUUUUUGGCGUUAAUGGUGAAAACCCUUAUAGGUUCUUCACGUGGAAAUUCACUUAUGGUGACAUUUAUCCCCUUGGCGUUAAACAAGAGGGGAUCUUGAUAAAUGGCCAAUUUCCAGGGCCUCAGAUUGAUGCUGUAACAAACGACAACUUAAUCAUCAAUGUCUAUAAUUAUCUCAGAGAACCACUCCUCGUUUCCUGGGAUGGAUUACAGCACCGAAGGAACUCAUGGCAAGAUGGUGUAUAUGGCACAAACUGUCCUAUUAUGCCCCGGAGGAACUUCACAUUUGUGCUUCAAGUUAAAGAUCAAAUCGGUAGCUUCUUCUAUUUUCCUUCAUUUUUGUUCCAUAAGGCCGCAGGAGGCUUUGGCGGCAUCCGAAUUUGGAGUCGUCCACGCAUUCCUGUCCCUUUCCCUCCUCCUGCUGGAGACUUCACCGUUCUUGCCGGGGACUGGUUCAAGACAAAUCACUACAGAUUAAGACAAGUUUUGGAGAGUGGUCGAAACCUUCCUUCCCCCGACGGACUUCUCAUCAACGGUCGAGGUUGGAAUGGCUACACAUUCACCGUUGAUCAAGGGAAGACAUACAGAUUCAGAAUAUCGAAUGUGGGACUUACAACAUCCAUUAACUUCAGAAUUCAGGGUCACUCUAUGAAACUUAUAGAGGUAGAAGGCUCUCAUACACUUCAGAACAGCCUUACCUCCCUCGAUGUUCAUCUGGGGCAGUCCUACUCUGUUUUGGUCACUGCUGAUCAGCCUCCAAAAGAUUACUACGUCGUCGUUUCAUCGCGUUUCACCUCACGGGUACUCACUACGACCGCCGUUCUUCACUACAGCAACUCUUUUCAGAGAGUUUCUGGCCCUGUCCCCGGCGGUCCCACCAUUCAGAUCGCUUGGUCCCUUAAUCAGGCCAGAUCCAUCAGACGUAAUCUAACUGCUAGUGGGCCAAGACCGAAUCCUCAAGGCUCGUACCACUACGGUAUGAUCAAGCCAAGCCGUACGAUCGUGCUGGCGAACUCGAAUGCUUGGAUCAAUGGGAAACAAAGGUACGCAGUCAACAGCGUGUCGUAUGUUGCACCCGACACGCCGCUGAAACUGGCAGAUUACUUUAAGAUUCCCGGAGUGUUCAACCUCGGAGGCAUGCCGACCAACCCCACGUUUGGCAGUGCCUACCUCCAGACCGCCGUCAUGAAUGCGAAUUUCCACGAAUUCGUGGAGAUUGUUUUCCAGAACUGGGAGAACGAAGUUCAGUCUUGGCAUAUUGAUGGCUAUUCCUUCUUCGUUGUCGGAAUGGACGGUGGACAGUGGUCGCCGGCCAGCAGAUUGGGCUACAAUUUGAGAGAUGGAGUGGCUCGUUGCACUAUUCAGGUUUAUCCGAGGUCGUGGACGGCUAUCUACAUGGCAUUGGACAAUGUGGGAAUGUGGAACAUUAGGUCGGAGAAUUGGGCGAGACAGUAUUUGGGGCAGCAAUUUUAUAUGAGAGUGUACACCCCAUCAAACUCAUGGAGAGAUGAAUCUCCAAUUCCCAGAAACGCCCUUCUUUGCGGCCGGGCCAGUGGUCGUCACACUAGGCCAUUUUGAUUAGUCUAUUAUUAUUACUAUUAGUUGGGACAACUGUUUUUUGUCACGAUAGGGUGACAUAGGCAAGGGACUUAUUCAUUUGAGAAGCUCCGCUUGAGCUUCCAUUCCAUUCCAUACCGUGCUAUAUUUUCUUUUCUUCUUUCUUUCUGUUGUAUUAUAUUUUUCCGCAGGGGUUAUCUCUUCUGUUCUGGUAUUUGGUAAUUGGUAAACACACUCAAAAUGAGUUCCUAUCACUUUCUGUGUAAUGGGAUAUGAUAUAUCUUCUGUUCCAUUUCAAA